UAUUUAAUUUUACAAAACUCCUUCAAAAGUUAUUAUUUUUUACUUAAAAGUUAAAGCUUAGAAGUAUUUAGACGAUUACUUUUAAUUUUUUUUUAGGUACAAUACGUUGAAAUCUUUCAAUAUGAAUUUAGCAACAUUAACAAGAGCUGGUAAUACAGUUCUGCGAUCAACUAUUCGGGUACCAUUUAGAUUAGCAUCGCAAAUCAAUUAUAUAAAUGUUAACAGAGAUAAUGAAUUUGAAAAUUUAAGUUGGGGUGCCAUGUCAGAUCAAGCUAUUUCUUAUGCAUUUGUUACUGAACUAUGUAGAGGUGCUGCUGUAUCAUUGGCUCAUUUCUUCAAGGAACCAGCCACUAUCAACUAUCCAUUUGAGAAGGGACCUUUAUCGCCACGUUUCCGAGGAGAACAUGCUCUUAGACGUUACCCAUCUGGCGAAGAGAGAUGUAUUGCCUGCAAAUUGUGUGAAGCUAUUUGUCCAGCCCAAGCUAUCACUAUUGAAGCAGAAGAAAGAGCUGAUGGAAGCCGCCGUACCACACGUUAUGAUAUUGAUAUGACUAAAUGUAUAUACUGCGGUUUUUGUCAAGAAGCAUGUCCUGUAGAUGCUAUUGUUGAAGGUCCAAAUUUUGAAUACUCUACUGAAACACACGAAGAACUUUUGUACAACAAAGAAAAGUUAUUAAAUAAUGGUGAUAAAUGGGAAUCAGAGAUUGCUGCUAAUAUACAUGCUGAUCAUCUAUACCGUUAAUACUAAUAAUCAACUUAGUAAAUAUAUGUGUUUAGUUUUUCUUCAUUAUAAAACAAUACGUAUUACAUAAGUUGUAACUUCAUGCUUAAUAAUAUUCUUAAAAUAAAAUGUAUAAAAUAUCAAA